GCUCCGCCCCCUCCGGCCUCCGCGGGGCGCGCGGUCUCCCGGGGCUCAAGGGGGCUAGCGCUGCCGGAUCCCUGCCCCCGCCCGCCGGAGGGAGCCGGCGGGAUCCCCCACGUCACCUCGAAGGUCGAGCCCCUGGAAGGUGGAGGGAGCUUCGAAAGGCUUUGAAUGGACCGAGGGGAGCCCAAGAAGAGGUCGGCAACCCUUUCUCCCACCACGGGCGGUUUGAGAUGGAGGAAAACGCUCUUUUAUUGAAAUAAAAGAAGUCUCUAAGUUGACCUGUCCCUCUGCGGCUGGUUCCUGAGGAGGGUCGACGUGUCUGCGUCCCGCGCGCCCGGGCCGAGCUGCACACGCGCGCCUGCCACCGCCACCCUCUGCCACCUUGCCCUGUUUCGUGUUUACGGCGCUUUCCCUCCGAAAUGCUCUUUGGGGCGAUUUUGUGGCUGGAUGACUCGUUUCUUCCCUGGCUUCCCAGAUGCCUGGAGAGCAGGGACCUACUCGGUCCCCAGCGUCCAGCCCGCAGCAGCGUCCGUCACUGUCUCCAGGGACUGAACCAAGGACUUUCUGGCAACAAGGAAGUCCCCGUUGGUCCCGUGCCCGUGAGCACCCCGCGGACCUCGCCCGGGGCCCAGGACGCCCCGAGACGGCCUUGGGCUGCGGGGCACCAGCUGCGGGUUUCCGGGGACCGGGGGUGUCGGGGAGUCCCUGAGACCCGGCCUAGCCUGUCCGAGAGCGGCGGGGGUGGAAGCGAAAAGCGUCAGUGUGGGUGCGGGGACCCGCAGCUGCCAGACAGCGCACACGGGGACCGGGACCUGCCCGGAGCGGCUGCUGCGACUCUCCGCUCCGCCCUGGCGGGGACGGCCCUCCUGCCCCGGGAGACGACGGCUAGCGGCAGGACCCGCAGAGCCCCGCGCAGCUGCUCACGGCCCGGGGGCGCCGGCACCGUCGGGCUGCCGCCUGUCCCCCGACGCCCGAGCCGUGGACGUGGCCACCUAAGCCUGGUGCCGCGAUGGCAGCGCAGCCGAUGGCCCGGGAACCGGUCCCCAACGCUGUGCAUUUCCCCAGACGGUGGCAAAUACCCUGAUUCCUAGCGACGAGGCCUCCCUUCCUCUUCCCAGGCCGCCCCUCCUCUAACUCCCUCCAGGGCAGGACUGGGUUUUCCUGGGGAGCCUGGGUCCCCGCGGAGGAGUGACCGCGAGGAAGUGGAGGCGCCUCUUCAGCCCAGGCCGCGGCUCAUCGUGAGCCAACCGCACCACCUGCCGGCCAGACGCGGAAGCGCGCGGCCCCGGAGGAAGGGCGAGCGGACAAAGACCGCAACCCGCAUCCGCAACCCCGCAGAGAGGCGGUGCGCGAGAUUGGGAGAGCUUUUCAGCCACCUCCAAGUCUCGUGCACGAAGGCUACUCCUACCGUGGGGCUGCGGGCAGAACUCGAGAGGUCCCGGAGUCUGUCGUGACUCUCGCCUUCUGGAAUUCAAAAGAUGGGAUCGGAAAACGUUUCAAGGAGAAACUCCUAGCAAACCUUCCAGGGAUUGCUUGAGUGGCUGCUCCCGGAAAGGCGGAUGCUAAAUAAAGCGGGAGGGGAGUAGGGCGGCGUGGAGGAGAGGACAGGUCUCGAGUCACUGCUACGCUUUCAGGUCACUGGGCUCCGCAGCGGAUCGUGUUUUCCCCCUUGGCUCGAGAGCUGCACUGGGGUUCUCAUGCAAACUCGACCCGAGCUAAUGACAGGAGCAACUUUUACUUUUCCUAAGACGAGCGCGCUUGCCGAGGCGCUGGGCGGCGGCUGUGUGAGUUGUUGGCCCAGAGGAACAGCUUGUGCGAGACGCUGGGCAUUACGGUUUCUAGAUACAAGAUUUGCUUAAAUGUCACCGUCCAUAGAAGUGGGUUUCAGUUAUUGUAGCUAGUGAUUACACACAAGUAAAAAGGAAAAAAAAAAAAAAAUGCACUCGGGGGAUGUAUAUAUGUGUGUGAGUGCAUAAAUUAUUUAAAAUAACUGCACUCAGUCUCUUUAAGAAAUGCGUUUUUAGGUUCUUUCAUGUGUCGUUCUGACUUUAGAAAAAGAAGACGAAUAUUGGUCCCUAUCAUUUGGCACGCAGAUUCAAAAUGGAAAAGAGCAAUCCGAAUUCUUUUUUAAAUCUUUUUAAACAAUAGAUGCUGGUUGCCUCUCUGCAGGAGCUUGAAUGUUGCAUGUAUCUGUGGCUGAAAUGGAAAACUGGGUGCCUGCAUUGUUAUAAACAGUACAAUUUCUUAAACGUACCAUUUUUUUUUACCCAGGAUGUGCACAUUGAAUAUUAAACAAAGUCUUUCCAGACACAGCUCCCUGAAAGCAAGGCAUCACUUGCUAGAGUACAUUCGCUGACUUUCCCUUUUUUCUUCCUAUGUUUUAGUUCAGGCCCCAGAGCAGCCCGAUAAUCAGGAGAACCAAGAAGCAAGAAAUGCUAACUUGAAAAAACUGAACUAUAACUUCCUCUUUAAAUCAUUUCUGGAGAUCAGAAAUGACCUGCUGAAAAUUUCUCUGUCCAUUGUGACUACCUAGAGAAAAAAUGUUCUAACCUAGAAGAUGUGAUUCCUUGAAGAAAAAGGCAAAAUUUUCAAAAUGAUGGUGGCCUUUGUCCAUCAUCAAAGCAGAAAACCUCCCGCAUUAUGGGAAAACAUUCUGGAUUUUUCAAAUGUUGGAGCCUGUUUGCAACACAUUAAUGGAGUCAUAAGAAUACAAUGGAAUAUCAUACUUUUUAAAAGUACCUAAAAUCACCUAAUUUAAAAAUAAGAUUGUUUUACUCUCGAGUAAAA